AUGGAGUGUGGGAGUACGGGGCGCGGGAGCAAGGGGCGCGGGAGCAAGGAGCGUGGGAGUAAGGAGCGUGGGAGUAAGGAGCGUGGGAGUAAGGAGCGUGGGAGUAAGGAGCGUGGGAGUAAGAAGCGUGGGAGUAAGGAGCGUGGGAGUAAGGAGCGUGGGAGUAAGGAGCGUGGGAGUAAGGAGCGUGGGAGUAAGGAGCGUGGGAGUAAGGAGCGUGGGAGUAAGGAGCGUGGGAGUAAGGAGCGUGGGAGUAAGGAGCGUGGGAGUAAGGAGCGUGGGAGUAAGGAGCGUGGGAGUAAGGAGCGUGGGAGUAAGGAGCGUGGGAGUAAGGAGCGUGGGAGUAAGGAGCGUGGGAGUAAGGAGCGCGGGAGUAAGGAGCGUGGGAGUAAGGAGCGUGGGGGUAAGGAGCGUGGGAGUAAGGAGCGUGGGAGUAAGGAGCGUGGGAGUAAGAAGCGUGGGAGUAAGGAGCGUGGGAGUAAGGAGCGUGGGAGUAAGGAGCGUGGGAGUAAGGAGCGUGGGAGUAAGGAGCGUGGGAGUAAGGAGCGUGGGAGUAAGGAGCGUGGGAGUAAGGAGCGUGGGAGUAAGGAGCGUGGGAGUAAGGAGCGUGGGAAUAAGGAGCGUGGGAGUAAGGAGCGUGGGAGUAAGGAGCGUGGGAGUAAGGAGCGUGGGAGUAAGGAGCGUGGGAGUAAGGAGCGUGGGAGUAAGGAGCGUGGGUCGCAAUCAGCGCCAGCACGGCAUGAACACUCCCGCCGCCCCCCAUGUGCCGUGACGCCGGCGGCCACGCGCAUCGGGAAGAAGAAUCGACGGGCAAUGUUAUGGGUCGCGAGACUCGCGCAUGAUGCGGUUUUCUCGGAGCAGCGGGUGUUUGCGGAGGGGGGGUUGCAGGGCAGGGCUGCGGGGCAGAGGGGGCUGCGGGGCAGAGGGGGCUGCGGGGCAGAGGGGGCUGCGGGGCAGAGGGGGCUGCGGGGCAGAGGGGGCUGCGGGGCAGAGGGGGCUGCGGGGCAGAGGGGGCUGCGGGGCAGAGGGGGGUUGGAGCAGAGGGGGGUUGCGGAGCAGACUACGAUCGACUGUUAA